AUGUCUGACUUGACUUUUGAUGCUGAGAAUGGAUUGUCGGUGGGUCGCAGCCCCCUGGACCCCCAGACCAGUCCUGGUUCCGGCCUGGUGCUCCAGGCCAACUACCACAGCCAGCGCCGCGAGUCCUUCCUCUACCGCUCCGACUCGGACUUUGACCUCUCACCCAAGGCCCCCUCGAGGAACUCAUCCACUGCCAGCGAGCUGGAAGAAAGCUUGAAGCACUGGGAAGUCAACUGGUUGUCUCGGUGAGAAGAACUUGACAAAACUUUGAUUUGUCCCCUCAAAGGCCUAUCCCGCAUUCUCCAUUACAGG